AUGGCCCAACUCGACACAUUAGACAAGUUGUCGGCGCUUGACACAAACACAGUUGCUGAUGCCUUGGAUUUGCUCGGUAUGAAAGGGGCAGUAUAUGGCCUACGGCCAUUGUGGAAUUGCCCAAGCAUCGCAGGACGUGUCAGCACAGUCAAAUUCCAACUCAAGACCAAUGUUUCUCUGGAGGCCUCUCCAGACAGCACAGUAUUAUCCGAGGCAACACCAGAUGGUCACGUUCUGGUCAUCUCAGGCGGGAUCGGGGGCGUUUCAUGCUCAGAUGCUGUUGUCGACAAUGCGUGGAAAUCAAAACGCAUCCGGGGAACCGUGAUCGACGGUCUCUAUCAGGCAGUUGACGACGUCCAUGAAGAUCGCUGUCCAGCGUACGGUCGCGGUGUAGCCACGAUCGGUGAUCAUAGUCAGAUGAUGCAAGGUGACUUCGGCGUACCCCUGAAUAUUCGGGGCGUCCUGGUUCACCAGGAUGAUUAUGUUACCGCAGACGGCUCUGGCACUGUCUUUGUCCCUGCCAAGCGCAUCGAGGAAGUCUUGGAGGUCGCAGAACGCAUCAAACGUCACCAUAGCCUUAUGGCCCAGGCUAUACAAUCUGAUCGACCCGCAUCUGAAGCCAUGAAUGACACUGAAUUCCAAACCAUCCCCAGGGAUGCUCGAUCUCAGGCAGUAGCAUUUUCCUCCAACUUUAACCCCAAAAAGCCUACUCCCGAAACUCACGACUUGGUCUCGAUGCUUGCCGAUGUGGACACCGCUGCAGUGUCUGAUGCUCUUGACAAACUCGGCAUAUGCGGACAGGCACUUGGUAUCAUGCCUUUAGAGAACUACCAAAAGGUCACCGUCGGACCAGCUUUCACUGUGCGUUAUGUGCCUGCUGGCCAGCCCGCAGGUAGCGUCGGCGACUUCAUCGAUGAUGUUGGCGAAGGCGAUGUCGUAGUCAUCGACAAUGGUGGCCGUACAGACUGCACUGUUUGGGGCGACAUCAUGACCCAGUACGCAGGUCUGCGAGGCAUCGCGGGAACCGUCAUCAACGGUGUAUGCCGUGACGUGAACCGUGCCAUCAGUGACCAUUAUCCCCUCUUCAUUGCCGGGCACUGGAUGCGAACCGGCAAGGACCGAGUAGAGGUCGGGGCCGUCAAUGAGCCAGUCGCUAUCGGCGGAGUUCGCGUCAACCCCGGCGAUAUUGUUGUGGCAGAUGCAAAUGGCGUUGUCUUCAUUCCGCGCCAUCGCGCCCAUGAGGUGGCUGAAGUCGCCCAAUUGAUUGAGAAGAGCGAGGCCGGAAUUAGAGAGAUGAUUGUUGAUGGGGCUACACUGGCAAAAGCUCGAGAGGUGUUCAAGUAUCACCAGCUGCAGCGCACUGAGUAA